ACCGUCGGUACUACCUUGACCGUGGACGAAAGUAUGGGUCGUCCGGUCCUGGUACCGCUGCGGGUACCCUUCGUCCCCCUCUAGUGACCACUAGCUCGCGGGCACCAGAAGACGUCAGUUUGCCUCGAGCUUUCUUACAAUCAAAUCGUUCGUUCUUCUUCUCUUUUCACUAAUACGAAAAAUGUGCCUCCUCUGAAUAUGGACAGUCAUCCAGACUCCCCCGAUUCCCUGGCUAGUGACCAGUUGACGGUUGAUUUGUUAAAUUCCCGUAGGAAGAGAAACAGGAUCAUUGUUAACGACGUUGGACGACGGUCGCCUGAUUUAAAUGUGAAAAACAAUAACAACGAUGUUGAUUUUGUGCUUAUGGAGGAGCAUGCUGACCACCACGAGAAUGGAGAUGAUGAGGACCGCCUUACAGCGACAGGUCAUGGUUCCCUGACACUCAGCGGCGGCUCGCCUGGUGGCGGUUACUCCGCGGGAGGUUCAGCCGCCCACCACCGAGCCGCCUCUGGUCUUCAUCACUCAGCGGCAGCAGCCAUGCAACAUCAACUGCCACAACCCGAUUUCCAACCCCCGUACUUCCCGCCGCCCUUUCACCACGCACCCAGUCCGCCACCUCAACAGCAUUUGGAGUACCUCACUGAUCCGUACGGAGGCCUUUCUGGGCUGCACCAUUACAAUCAACUGGGGUUGAGGCCGAGGGAUGGAGAUGGCAGCCAUACACAUGUUAGUCAGUUAGGUCAUGGUACGAGUUUUCCCUACAGUACUGGUCCAGGUGGAGGGAGACCUGAUUAUACUACUGCCUCUCAGCGACACGACGAUCCUCUCUCCCUUCAUCAAGCCUUAGGGCAAGCCGUAGAAGAGGCCCAAGGAGGCUUAGAUGAUAAUACGGGUUUCAUCACAGACUUACCGUUACUUAAAAAACAUUUCUUGUUUGUUCCAGAUAUCAAAGGAAAGGAUCACGCAGGUGGAUCCAUGGUAUCAUCCAACGACGUUUUCUGUUCCGUACCUGGUAGAUUAUCACUCUUAUCAUCAACGUCAAAGUACAAAGUGACAGUGGGAGAAGUGCAACGACGGCUCUCUCCUCCAGAAUGUCUCAACGCGUCGCUUUUGGGAGGUGUCCUCAGAAGGGCGAAGAGCAAAAAUGGAGGACGAAUACUCAGGGAAAAGCUGGAAAAAAUUGGGUUAAAUUUACCGGCUGGGAGGCGAAAAGCCGCGAAUGUUACUCUACUGACUUCUCUGGUGGAGGGAGAAGCUGUGCAUUUAGCUAGAGACUUUGGAUACGUCUGUGAGACUGAAUUUCCUGCUAGACAGGUAGCAGAAUACUUUCUACGCCAAAACGGAGAAACUCUACGACGAAAAGAACUUCUCCAAGCCACCAAACAAAUAACAAAAGAACUAAUGGAUCUCCUCAACCAAGACCGUUCUCCCCUAUGCAACACGAGGCCUCAGAUCAUCCUCGAUCCCUCCAUUCAAAGGCACUUAACCCACUUCUCCCUCAUUAGCCACGGAUUCGGAGGUCCCGCCAUAGUAGCUGCGCUCACAGCCAUACAAAACUUCUUGAACGAGUCCCUCAAGCACUUGGACAAGGUUUUUCCCAACCAGAACACGCAGCCAAUGCUAGUAACUUCCUCUUUAGAUAAAGGGAAACUCGAGGACAAGAAGUGACGACUUAAGAAUCUCUUAUAUGUUGUGAUCUAAUCGUUGGACGAUUUUUCUCGUAAAAGUGUUGGUUCUGUGACGGCAAAAUGUGGCUUUUUGAAAACGGUAAAUUUUUGUAGCAGGUAGAAAUGUGCAAUAUAUUUUUUUAUAAUAUGAAAGGGUAUAAUAUAUCCUAUUUAAGGUUCUAAAGUGAAAACUAAAAUAGGUAGUUCAUUCAUUCAAAGGUUUCAUAUUAUGUAACAACAUUUAGUUAACAUCUUUAUUUAAAAAAAUGAAAUUUGUCGGAUUGGUACUCAUCUGAGGAGCUGCAGCCGUGUGGAUAUAAUAAGACCAUGAGGCUGUCUUUACAUAGUUACAAUGUAACUACUCAGUAUACAUUCCAACACAAAAAGUAAAUCGGUUAUUUUCACAAAAGCGCUCGAUUGUGCUUGGUGCGAAGACACUCUACGAACACCCUAUACAAAAGAGGUGAAAAUUUUAUUAUUACGCAUAUUUCAAUUGCUAACACUUAACACAUAAAUUCAACCCAAUAAACCCGCUAGUUGGAAAAUUAAGAAAAUUGAAUACAUGUAAGUUAUUAUUUAUGUCUUCUAUUAGUUUGUAUUAACAUGUUAAUUUCCCCAAAAAAGACAAAAUGCAUGGUUAUAACAGCAAAUCUAAUAAUGUGUAAAUUAGAGCUGUAAACCGGAAACAGAACUGAAAGAUCAAGUGAACAGAGCAAACAGAGCCGCAAGUUGCCUGAAUGACACAAUAUGGAGAAAUAAAAUAUCGGAAAAGAAAUGAAAGGCAGAAUUUACAAAACAGUCAUCAAACCAAUAAUUACAAAUGCUGCAGAAAUACGACCUAACACAGAGAGGCCAAAAAGAUUGUAAGAAACAGCGGAGAUAAAAACUCUUCGAAAAAUCAAUGGUAAGACAGUAUGGGACAGAGCUAGAAGUACAGAUAUACGACGGAGAUGCAAGGUGGAUAACAUUAAUAACUGGGUAAGAAACAGAAGAAUAGAAUGGAAUGACCACAUAAGCCGAAUGACAACAAAUAGAGUAGUAAGGACGGCGAGAGACGGAUCCCCAAUAGAAAGACGAUCAGUGGGAAGACCACGAAAACGAUGGAACGACAACUUAAUGAAGGCACAUUGAAAAAAAAACAAGAGUCAUGUUUAUACAAAAAGAAGAAGACGAAGAAGUAGUUUGAGUUUAUCUUUUUUGUCUUUUGGUUGGUAUUUCCUAGUUUGACUAGUUCUCAAUCAUUGUUGAUCAAAAUAGUACAAAACUAUUUAAUUGCCGGUGUACCAACCUGGUGGCUUGCGCUCGUCAUAUCAUGAAAAUUCCUAUUUUCGAGGGUAAACGAAGCCAUAAGGUGCAUAUCAUUUAUACAGUCUAAAUAAGACACGAUUUUGCGGACGAUGUAGUGCUAAUGGCAAGAACGGAAAGGGAACUGCUGAGGAUUUUCAAACUCUUUGAAGUAAAGGCUAAGCAGUAUGAACUGAGAAUUAAUGAUAAAAAAACAAAGUAUAUGGAAAUGGGACAGACCUCAUAUGAAAAUACACAACUGAAAACUACCACAAACAACGAGAAUAAAGAGUAUUGCUUCAAAAAGCUGACGGAGUUUGAGUAUCUAGGAGUAACGCUAACAACUAAAGGGGAAGAAAGCCCAGAAAUUGAGAAAAGAAUUUCGAGAGGAAGAAAGACAGUCGGAGCCCUAUACAAACUACUAAGAUCCAAAAACAUCUCCAGAGAGGCAAAAUUAAAGACUCUACCGAACAGUGAUCCAGCCCACAGUUCUUUACGGGAGCGAAACAUGGGUCAUGAACAAAAAUCAAGAAAAUAUUCUAAACAUCUGGGAGCGGAGUGUUCUAAGGAAGAUAUUCGGGGGAGUAAAAAACGAUGAAGACGUUUGGAGGAGACGAACAAAUGCAGAGAUCAGAGAGCUGUACCGGAAACAAGAAAUAAGCCAGAUGUUCAGAACAAAGAGACUAAGUUGGUUAGGUCAUCUUGCGAGAAUGGCUGACGGAAGGCGCGCAAAGGACUCGCUGCUGAGAGGGGAAGGAAAGAGAAGAGGACGACCCAGGAAAAAGUGGCUAGAAGCAUGUAGGGAAGACCUGGAAACAAUCGGGAUAUCAAAUUGGAGGAUUGCGGCCAUGUACAGGAGAAAAUGGAGAAAAACCGUGGAGAAAUUCCAAGCCAUGGGCCUUUAAGGCCUGUUGAGCUACAUAUAUUAUAUAUCUAUAUAAAUAAGACACGAUUAGAUUGAUCCUUAUAUAUACAACUGUAACAAAACUUAUCAAAAACUAAACAUAUCUUGGAAAGGGUUGGUAUAAGAAUUUCAUGACAAAUAUCAGAAAAAGUUCUACCGAUAUCUAAAAAAGUGAGAAAAACUAAAUCCAUAACAUAAAACGGCUUAAGAUAAGAUAUGAAACAUAAACAUAAGGGGAUAACAAAACGAAAAAUUAGUGAAAUGGCAUCAGUAUUAUAGAACAGAACACAAAGGAAACGUCGACAGAUAGAGAUAUGAUAAAUAUGAGAAUUUAUAUACAAUAUAAAGGCUAGUGGCAAAAAAAGAAGACCCAAAAUUAGUAUUACACUAGAACGUUAAAGCACAUUUUAAUGUAUCAAACAAUGACAGUAUAGUAGUACUAGCUAUCUAAGAGACUCAUUCAUAAUAUCAGCAGGGUGCCAGUGUUCGAGGUAUGGAAUUCCAUAAACAAGGGUGUUUUAUAAUAAUUUAUAUUUGUUGUUAUAUUUAAACAAUAAUUAUAGACACUUAUUUUAUAUACUUUAUUUCAUUGCCAUCUUGACAUUAACCUCAGUGACACAUGACAUGAGACAAUGACAACUUAGACAUAGACAAUAUUAUAGUGACACAUGCUCCAUGCAAGGAGAUACAUAUUACACAAAGGGAUCUACCUGUUUUAUGAAAAAAUGAUCCCUUGUUUAUGUAAUUUUCCACCUAGAAUAAUAGCACCCCGUUGACUGGGUCAACGAGACUGUAAAGUAGAUAUGAUAAUAUAAAUUACCUAUACCAGCCUAGCAACAUAACAUUGACUCAGACUCUACAUAGCCAACUCAUAGUGAAAAAUACUACAGUAAACGGCAUAAUGAAUUGAGAAAGACAAAAAGGAAUAUAGGUAGAUAGGUAUACAAUGAAAUUUGGGUGAAGUGUGGGUCUACCGGAGAAUGUUGCGCAUACCAUGGACCGCACAUCGCACAAAUAAUUCAAUAAUAGCCGAACUUAACAUAAAAACUAGACUCAGCACAACUAUCAACCAAAAUAUACUGAGAUAUUUUGGACAUAUAACUAGAAGAAGAGAAGGCAUGGAACGAAUGAUAGUUGAAGGCAACGUAGAAGGCAGAAGAUCCAGAGGAAGAUCUCCAUUACGAUGGUCGGACCAAAUAAAGGACAUGACUGGUUACUCAUUCUCUGAAGCAAAGCAACACGCACACAAGAGAGAGAAAUGGACAGAAAUAGUCAAACGACUUACAUAACGCCACUACAUUCUUACGAAGGAGAACAGAUAGAGGAGGAGGAGGUAUACAAAAUGUAAACUUCUACUUGCUAUGGUAGAAUUUCAAAUACCGCUUCAUCUUGUUCAAUUAACUGAACUUAAACUCACAGGAGCAGAGAGCAUGGUAGAAAUCCAAAACGAUUUCUCAAGACCCUUCCAUUGCAAAAAUGGACUACGAUAGGGUGAUGGACUAUCGUGUCUCUUAUUUAACCUGGCAUUAGAAAAAAUAAUUCGAGAGUCCCUGAUUAAUAUGAAUGGUACUAUCUUUAACAAAUCAGUACAAAUUGUGGGAAACGCAGAUACAUCAUAGGUAGGUCCACAGAAUCUCUGACUAAAUUAUUUCGGUCGUUAAGAGCAUCUGCAAAGAGAAUGGGACUAAAUAUAAAUGUUCAAAAGACCAAAUACAUGUGUUGCACUAGGUCAAGCAACCAGACACCUACAAGAAUAAUAAUUGACGGCCUAGAACUGAAAAGUGUCGACACCUUCAUAUACUCAGGCUCGAUGCUAACUAAAGACAACAAUUUCAGUGAAGAAAUUAAAAGAAGAAUACUCGCCAAUAAGUGUUACUAUGGCUUAAGAAGACAGAUGGCCUCAAAAAUACCUAGAAAAAUGAAAUUGACUGUCUACAAAACACUAAUAAGACCAGUGCUAACAUAUGGUCCAGAAACUUUGUCACUUACACAGAAUGACCAAGAACUGCUCAAACGUUUUGAGCAAAAAAUCCUAAAAAGAAUAUAUGGAGGGAUAAAAGAACAAGGUUUGUGGCGCAGGCGUUACAACUUUGAGUUGUAUAGAAACUUUGGAGAACCUGACGUUGUAAAAUUCAUUAAGGUAGCACGCCUUAUAGACCAAGACGCAGCGCUGAAAAAUCUCUUUGAAUUUACUAAAGCUAGAUUCUUCACAGAUGAUUACUGUGAGUGUGUAGAGAAACAUACUGCGGUCGGUCAAAAACCAUUUACUAAGGCUGAAAAUCAGUACACACAUUCUAAAUUAAAUAUAAAUAAAAAUUAUUAUAGUCGGUCAGCUGUAUGACGGGACAGAGCCGGUCGGUCGGUCCCAAUAGUCGAUUGAGGAGAUGAAGCAUUUUGGAUCGCAAUUUUUUCUUUACAGCAUGGAUUUACUUGAAAUUUUCACAGAAGGUAGGGAAUAGUCCAAGGAUCAUUUUCUAUAUCAUGCCGCUAUCACACACUAAAACCUUGGGGGUGGUUGCCACCCUAUCUCGGGGGUGGAAAUUUUUUAUUACAUUUUAACCAUGUAAUUUCAUGGAAAAACUAAUUCUAAGAAAAAAUGUUUUUUACAUUUUCUUCGUAAAACUAAUAUUUUUCGAGUUAUUCGCGCUUGAAAAUAACAGUUUUUCGACGAAAAAAUCGACUUUUUUAGAGGGAUAAAAAGUUUCUUCAAAAAUGAUUUUGUAGGAUUUUUAAAGAGCUGUAAGACUGUGUAAAUUAAAUUCCGUAAGAUCCCUUGGUUUUUAAUUGGGGCGGGUUUAAAGGGCUCGAAUAAGGGGGUGUUUGCUGGUAAAUAGAGGUUUUAAACAGCUAUAUAUGGCUAACUGUUUACUGUAAUGAAAAUCUAUGCACAGGGUAAUUUUAGUCAAUAAAAAAGCUACAAUUUAGUAGUUUAUAAUUUUUUUCGUAUAUUCAGUAUUUUCGGAGAUAUUUUGAAGUAAAAGAUGAAAAAUACCAAAUUGCAAAAAAUCUAUUUUUCUUUAAACUCCAAUUUUUCCAAAAUUAGGCAUUUUAAAUAGGUCAAACUCCUUGAGUGUAUUGAUAAUAUAAAUAUAAAAAAAAAUCAAUGGAGAAAUUCCAAUAGUUGGCUGUAUACCAUAGUUUAAAAAAAACUCAUACAGAAGUAAAAACUUCAAGUUGUAUACUGGUAUAAGAACUGGUAUACUGGUAUAUAAAAGGAAGGUGAAGACCAAUUUUGAAUUAGAAAGGUAGUUAGGGUUUUUUUUACUGAUUUUUUCGUAGAGAAAAGCAGGUACCGACAUUUCGCUUAAUUUUCAUGCUUGAAACUUUUUAUCAUUUAUUUUUUGAAAGGUCUAAUUGUAUACUUGAAAAAAUAUUAUUUAAGUUUUCCACGAAAAAUGCAAAUUUUUCCCAUUAUUUGGCUUUGAAUAUUUCAAAUUUUGCAUUUGACGAAAAAAGCUAACCUUUAUCAUGCCGUAUCUCGGUUUGUAUUGGUCCUAAAGAUAUUAUUGGAAAAGAAUUUGGUUUGUGUUACUAAUGCCUGGUUGCACCAACAGAUCUUAAGUUCCAGAUUAGCUAAGCUCUACUUAUAAAUAGGGCCUCCUUGAGUAUCACUUACGUUGCAUCAUAAUUUUAGAUUCUUACCUUAUUAUCAAUUAUAUCUAUUAUUAUAUUAUGGUAUUCUUAUUGUAAUAUAUUAUAAUUUUAUUAUGAUAUUCUUAUGAUAUUCUCGACUUAAGCUUAAGAUCUGUUGUUGCAACCGGGCAUUAAAGAUACAAUUUUGAUAUCUACAGUUUUUUUUAUUAAAUGCAUAUUUUUCGAGGUAUUCUCAAAAAACCCCCUAAAAAAGUCGAUUUUUUUCGUCGAAAAACGUGGUUAUUUUCAAGCUCGAAUAACUCGAAAAAUAUUAGUUUUACGAAGAAAAUGUAAAAAACAUUUUUUCUUAGAGCCACUUUUUCCAUCGAAUUUCAUGGUUAAAAUGUAAUAAAAAAUUCCCACCCCAAGGUUUUAGCGUAUGAUAGCGGCAUGAUAUAGAAAAUGAUCCUUGGACUAUUCCCUACCUUCUGUGAAAAUUUCAAGUAAAUCCAUGCUGGACGAAAAAAUUGCGAGCCAAAAUGCUUCAUUUCCUCAAUCGACUAUUGGGGCCGACCGACCGGCUCUGUCCUGUCAUACAGCUGACCGACUAUAAUAACUUUUAUUUAUAUUUAAUUUAGAAUUUGUGUACUGAUUUUCAGCCUUAGUAAAUGAAAUAGAUUUAAUACCUUCGUAGGAAAGCAACUUUGAUACCCUCUCAGUAACCUCUGUUUUACGUUUCGCUUGACCGACCGCAGUAUGUUUCUCUACACACUCACAGUAAUCAACUGUGAAAAAUCUAGCUUUGGUAAAUUCAAAGAGAUUUUUCAGCGCUGCCUCUCCGUCUAUUAGAUGGAUAGGACAUGUAAUCAGACAAGAGGAAAAUGCCAUAGUCAAAAAGUUUUUGACCGAAGAGGGCCGAUAGGACAACGAACAAGAGGAAGACCGAGACUUGGGUACCAAGACAACUUAGAGAAUGAUUUAAAAUCUAUUGGAAUUAGAGCAUGGAGAAGAGUUGCCAGUGACAGAAGCGAAUGGAGGAUUGUUCUAAAGAAGGGUUUGGCUCAUAAAGAGCUAUAACGCCACUGGUGAUGAUGAUACAAAAUGUAAUGUAUGAAACUUUUGAAAGAUAAACUUUAAAAAUAAAAAAUUGGUUUUAAUAACUUAAUGGCCGUAAAAAAUGGUUAUUUUACUAUGUUGUAGAGUAAUUUCCUAAUAUAAGAAUUGUAACUUUUGUGAAAUGCGGUGCCAUUUUUUAUAUAUAUUUAGCUCAAUGUAGAGUAUUAGACAACUAGUUUAUUUAAGACGUUCAGUGCCCAUGACGCACGAAUGUUAUCACGGCAGUUUCAUCGAGGGUACCGACGACGCACGAGUGUCGUCAGUAGUACUGUGUUACUAAAUGAACGAUUUAAAUACGUGGUACCAGCCAAGUGGCACUUGUUCAAGAUGGGCACCGAACGCAUUAAACGUAUUAAAGUGCCAAAUUAGUUCAAUUGAUUUUUAUAUAGGUCUUCCGGACAAACCUAGCCAAGCUACAACUUAUGUAUACUCGUUAAAGAUACCUGCUACAAAUAUUUCAGGGAAAAUACUCAUUUUAAAUAAUAAACAUUUAAAAGUUGUAUUCGGCUGUGAUAGAACUGAUACAAUUUUUGUUUAAGUUGACUGAAUAAUAAAAGAAAGUAAAUUCAUUUCAUUUAACUCUAAAACUUUUGCUUUAGAGUAUUUUUAUCAGUAUUAAAACUUGAGAAAAUAGUCUUCCAAGAGUAAGUAAGUCAAAUUUAACAAGUAGUCUUAAUGUCUGUAUAUUAUGCAGUCAAAUAUUUUAUACCCUUUAAUUUAUCGAUGAGUGAACUAUUGUAGAAGACGAAAAAACUGAAAACAUCACUGUUUAAAGGCUUUUGAAGCCCUACAGGUUAUAACGUCUUGAGAAACUAGAAUUAUUAUACCUUGUUUUUAAAUCAGGAGGAGUAAACUCAAAAGACAUAUUCACACCCAAUAAUGUCACUAGAAAAAUUACCAAAUAUGUACAUCUUCUUUUUUGGUUGAUAAUGUCGGCCUUCGGCGGUAAUCCAUAAAUAAUCCAUUACACUAAUGCGUCACUAAUGAAUUCUAAAAAUAACUGUUUUUUAUAUAAAUGCAGACUAAAAAUCUAAAAAUUACACAAAAAAUCUCCGAUAUAACUUAAUGGACCGUGAUAGUCGUGACGUCAAAUCAAUGUUGGCUACUCUAGAAAGGUUUCCAAACUAAACAAAAAUCUGUCAAAAAUUCACACAUGGUGUUUGCCAAUUUUUAUUUUCGUUUUUGUAAGUGGAAUAUAUUGCUUGUAGGAUAUUUAAUUUUUACAAAAUGGUAAUGUGUUGGGUACCCGAUUGUAAUGCAUGCUCAUAGUAUAUUUCCCACCAUAUUUCCAAAUAGGACUGGUUGAGAUCCUGAAGAAACGCAGUAAGUACCUACUAUGUAGUGUGUAAAUCCUUGAUUUUGUGUAGGGACAUUUAUAAAAUUAAAAGCAAUAUGAUUGAUACGACUAACAAGAAUUGUGUCUUUAUAAAAAAUGUGCAGAUGAUUUUUAAAACAAAAUAAAAUUAAAAAUGAUUACACAAACCACGUGUAUAAUCAAUUGACAGACGUCAAACGUUUGCUUUGUUUGGAAACAUUUUUAACGUUUUGACGUCACACUAUCACGGUCCAUUAACCUAUGAAAUGUCAGUGUCAAAAUGUUAUAACAGGGGACUAAACUUGCCUGAGGUUAGACUAAUUACAAACAAGCAUUACGGCGCGGUAAAUUUGAAUUACUCCUCGUGGUUUAAACACAGGGUAGGUAUAGUUCAUGCUUAAAAUCUGAAAUCAAGCUUUUCACAUUCUACAUACAUUACCUAUACCUUUACGACGAUGACACUGUAUAAACUGUCAAUGGAUUAUUUGAGUACCUAGAUUUAUAUUUCACCUUGCCUUCUUCUAUCCAGCAGCACAAAACUAGCUUAAUAGGCUUGGUACAGCUUCCAUGGCAGUUGAUCAAUACUCCACACUGAGUCCUUUAUAAUACAGUAUUGCCCAAAAUAAACAGUACUGAAACUGAAACACAGAUGUAUUUUUGUGCGCGCUGUCAUAUUCAAAUUAACUAGUAUAGACCUGUCGAGUAAUCUUUAAAUAAUUACUUAUUAAGGCCUAAUUGUUAAAAAUGGUGUUAAAUACAGAGGAGAAAGUGUUUCUCGUGGAGCAUUAUUGUCGCUCAUACGGAAUCGGCCGACGUAAUAGUGCAAGUCUGCAAUACGUGUGUGAUCAAUUCACACAACGCAACGGUUUAAUAAACGUUCUAAUGCUGUAAUUUUCAACAACCUUCAAAAUUACAGCAUUACUUGGACAACGUUUAUUAAACUGUUGUGUGAGUUGAUCACACACGUAUAGCAGACUUGCACUAUAACGUCGGCCGAUUCCGUAUGAGCGAAAAUAAUGCUCAACGAGAAACACUUUCUCCUCUGUAUUUAACACCAUUUUUAACAAUUAGGCCUUAAUAAGUAAUUAUUUAAAGAUUACUCGACAGGUCUACACUAGUUAAUUUGAAUAUGACAGCGCGCACAAAGGUACAUCUGUGUUUCAGUUUCAGUACUCUUUAUUUUGGGCAAUACUGUAUUUAUUAAGAUGGACUAAUGUUACCUUCAUAUCUCUACUUUUUCUCUCUGGAAAAGUACACCAGCAGAAGUUUUGAUUUAGGGAAUUCUUCUAUCUUCUAUUCAGAAACUUCUUCUUAGGGUACCUUAUCCUUAAGGACGUUGGCCAUUACAUUUGCCCAUUCAAUUUUAUUUGCGCCCUGAAUAGUUCUAUGGAGGUCAUAUUCGUCCACUGUCGCAGGUUUUUAGGUUAAGAGUUGCGUCUUCUUCCUAGUUCCCUUUUGCUAUUUAUUUUGCCUUCGAUUAUAUGUUGGAGCAGUUCAUACUUUUGAUUUCUUACAAUGUGACCAAAAUAUUGUGAUUUCCGUUCUUUUAUUAUAAGCAUAAGCUCUCUUUCUGUCAUUGUCCAGGCUUCAACAUCAUAGAGCAAGGUAAAGAAAACAUAGCACUUAAGUAUUCUAGUUCUCAAUGAGAUAUCCAGCUGGCGGUUGCAUAGAACGUUUUGCAUUUUGUAAAACACUAUACGUGCUUGUCCAGAUGUGCUCUUAUUUCUAGUGAGUGGUCCCAAGCUUCAUCAAGGUUACUUCCAAGGUACGUUAUUCUUGUUACUUUUUCCAGAUCUGUUCCGUCGACAUUGACCUUCACUAUUAUGUUUUGGUGCUUGCUGAUGACCAUCGUUUGUUUUGGUGCUUUCUGAUGACACAGAAACUACUACUCUUUCUUAUCAGACAUCAACCUAAAGUAUCCGUAUAUGAGGUGAUAACAUAUAUAAUUAUGGAGGAGUACAAUGGACUUGCUUCAAGUCCAGAUUUAUUGUAAAAAAUCAAUUUCUUAGUUCUAGGUAUCUGCAAUGUUGAAAGCUAAUUUCAGAAAAGUUCGCACUAUAUGGCAUGUAUCUUUGAUCACUUUUUAGUACUUAUUACAACCGCUAACACAUUAAUUUCAAUCUAUCAUGAAUUUAACUUAAUCACAUCACAUAUCUAAUGCAUUUUUUAUUUUUUAAGGAAACAGUAUUAAAUGAAAUAUUAUCAAAAAAAUUCUUUAUUAUAUUUGAGUAUUCGAAUCCAAUAAAAUUAAUUCAGUCAACUUAAAACUUGAUGUAUUUGUUUAAAACUGUUAUGAGUAUUAUUUUGUUUUUUAUUGAAUUAAUAAUUUAUGUACAUAGAUAUUUAUAAAUAUAUAUUUUUCAAACAGUGCCAAUACCGUAAUGUACA